AGACGUCAUCCGAGAGAAGUUGCGAUACCGCUCGUCCACAUCGUCCAUUUUCGGCAUUUGCUGUGUUGGGACCGUGCUACGAAAAUUAGAUUUUGUCGAAAAUGUCCUUACUUUCAGUGCGGGUAGCCGCUUCCGUGGCUAGAAAUUUACCCAAAAAUGUUCAGCAGGUCGCUGGAGCGGCGUUUCCAGCCGUUUCCGUUGCAGCCCGUAAGAUUCACGCUACAGCAUCUAAUCGUGGUGUGGAAAUUUCAUCGGUCCUUGAAGAACGCAUCCUGGGCGCAGCCCCUAAAGCCGAUUUGGACGAAACUGGUCGAGUACUGAGCAUUGGUGAUGGUAUCGCUCGUGUUUAUGGUCUUAACAACAUUCAGGCUGAUGAGAUGGUGGAAUUUUCAUCCGGACUUAAGGGGAUGGCCCUUAACUUGGAACCUGACAAUGUUGGUGUUGUAGUAUUUGGUAAUGACAAGCUAAUCAAGGAAGGUGAUAUUGUGAAAAGAACUGGAGCUAUUGUUGAUGUACCUGUAGGAGAUGCUAUUUUGGGUCGUGUUGUGGAUGCUUUGGGUAAUCCCAUUGAUGGAAAGGGACCGUUAAACACCAAGCAGCGUUUCCGAGUCGGUAUUAAAGCUCCUGGUAUCAUCCCACGAAUAUCUGUGAGAGAACCUAUGCAGACUGGUAUUAAGGCUGUAGACUCCCUUGUGCCGAUUGGUAGAGGACAGCGAGAAUUAAUCAUUGGCGAUCGUCAAACUGGAAAAACCGCUCUGGCUAUUGAUACCAUCAUCAAUCAGAAACGAUUCAAUGAUGGCGACGACGAGAAAAAAAAGCUGUACUGCAUCUACGUCGCGAUUGGCCAAAAGAGAUCUACCGUGGCGCAAAUUCUGAAGCGUCUUACCGAUACUGGUGCCAUCAACUACACUAUCAUUGUAUCUGCUACUGCUUCAGAUGCCGCCCCCUUGCAAUACUUGGCUCCAUAUUCUGGAUGCGCAAUGGGCGAAUAUUUCAGGGACAAUGGAAAGCAUGCAUUAAUUAUCUACGACGAUCUCUCCAAACAGGCUGUCGCUUACCGCCAGAUGUCUCUGCUGUUGCGUCGUCCACCAGGUCGUGAGGCUUACCCCGGUGAUGUAUUUUACCUUCAUUCUCGUCUGCUGGAACGUGCCGCGAAAAUGUCUGAGGCUCACGGAGGUGGUUCCCUCACUGCCUUGCCGGUCAUUGAGACCCAAGCUGGUGAUGUAUCUGCCUACAUUCCAACCAAUGUAAUUUCCAUUACUGACGGGCAGAUCUUCUUGGAAACUGAAUUGUUCUACAAAGGUAUCCGUCCUGCAAUUAACGUGGGUCUGUCUGUAUCAAGAGUUGGUUCUGCCGCUCAGACAAAAGCCAUGAAGCAGGUAGCAGGUUCCAUGAAACUGGAAUUGGCUCAAUAUCGUGAAGUGGCUGCGUUCGCUCAGUUUGGUUCUGACUUGGACGCUGCCACCCAGCAGUUGUUGAACAGGGGUGUUCGUUUAACUGAACUUUUGAAGCAGGGCCAGUAUGUCCCUAUGGCCAUUGAAGAACAGGUAGCGAUCAUUUAUUGCGGUGUCAGGGGGCACUUAGACAAAGUUGAUCCCUCUAAGAUCACUGUUUUUGAGAAGCAGUUCUCUGAACACAUCAAGAGUCGUCACCAGAACCUUUUGCAAAGUAUUUCGAAGGAAGGCAAAAUUACAGAUGCCACUGAUGCCGAACUUAAGAAACUAGUAACUGAAUUCCUUGCAAGCUUCUCUGGGUAAGAAGGCACAUAUUUAAUGCAUCAAUUUAUUCAGUUGGAAGUGUCAUUAGAAAACAUUUUAUAAUCUCGCAAUUAAGAAACUAAAGGGAAAAGAAUUCAUAUUGAGUCAUUUUUGACUCCCCAUGAACGGUUAUUAAAUGUAAUUUAAGCCUUUUGUUUUUAUAUAUUUUUGUCCUAAGUAUGAAAAUACAUAACAGCUGUUUAAUUUU